AUUUGCCUUGGAAAUGGGCCAUAAAGACAGGCUUUUCUAAUAAUGACUAUAUUCAAACAUGCAAAUAUACACUGAGUAGAUAUUUUCGUGCCCCAAAUCCUCUUGUAAUAUUUUAUUACAACAUUGUUGCAAAUUAAUUAAAAUGACUGCGUGUUUUCCUUAGCAUCUAAAUCAACAAUCACUCUUGACAGACGUUUUCAUGCCCAGCAGCUGAUAAAAACGAAAAGCUCUGCUUGGGGUUGCGCCCAUUUUCAAAGUGUCUGGGCAACUUCUGCGCGUCUUUUGGAAAAGAAGGGCGAAAGAAACAUUUCCAAUGGCUCCCCAGUACGCACCAAGUCUGCGCUCCCGUCUGGCACCUUUGCUGCUUUUUCUGCAGACAGCGUUCAUCAUCAUAUAUGCUUUUUUUGUUGAAGUCGACAGCAAUGUAAAAGUAGAUGGGGAAACCUUCAGUAACUUCUAUGCAGAGUUCCAGGAUGUGAAUGUGAUAGUGAUCCUAGGUUUUGGCUUCUUGUGCACUUUUCUGGUGCGAUAUGGUUUCAGUGGCUCAGGGUUCAACCUCCUAGUGGCUGUCAUGGCUACUCAAUGGGCAAUCAUACUGAAUGGUAUUGAGUCCUGGUAUUACAGAGGAAAGAUCAGGGUAAAUCUGAGAAGUCUGGUAGUUGCUGAGAUGUGCACAGCCUCUGUCCUCAUUUCAAUGGGAACCAUGUUGGGGAAGACCAACCCAGUCCACCUCAUCAUUAUUGCCCUGCUGGAGGUGUCAGGGUUCAUUGUGAAUGAGUGGGUCCUCCAGACUCUCCUAAAAGUCCGGCCUCUGAACAGCAUCAUGCUGCUCCACAUCUUUGGGGCCUUCUUUGGACUCAUGUUGACAUGGAUCCUUUACCGGAAAGGCUCAGAACAGCGAUUUGAAAAAGAGAAAUUUGACAGCAAAACAGGAUUGUUCUCAAUGUUGGGGAGUGUGUUUCUCUGGAUGUUUUGGCCCACUUUUAACUCAGUCCUCGUGGACGAUCGUACUCCUGGGAGGAAGCUGGGGGCCGUGUGCAGCACCUACCUGGCCCUGGCUGUUAGUGCUGUGACAGCUGCUGCUAUCGCUCUACUCUCACAUCCCAAGGGAAAACUGAACCUGAUCCACAUGCAGUCGUGCAUCCUUGCAGGUGGUGUCGCUGUCGGGGUUUCCAUGUCAGCAGUUCAUCAGCCGUGGGAAGCCAUGACAAUUGGAUUCUCUGCUGCCAUUAUAUCAACCAUUGGAUUCCAAUAUCUUAAGAUCCACAUGCUACUUGCAUUUCAGUGCCACGACACCUGUGCUACUCUGAGCACUCAUGGACUCCCUGGUCUACUGGGAUGGCUAUCACAUCUUCUCCUGCAGAUCAGAGACAGUGAUGAUCACACAAUGGCUAUCCGGUUUGCUGUGUUUCACAUUUGUACUCUCCUAAUCACCAUCACCAUAAGUUUGUCCACGGGAUUUGUUACAGGGUUGCUACUCAAGUGGAACUUUUGGAGACCCCCACAGAGCAAGAAAUGCUUUGAUGAUCAAGCUUUCUGGGAGUUUCCCCACAAUGCAGUGCGCAAGUAAGAAGAUGGAGAAAAAAGGAGAUCAAAUCAUUGAAGCAUUUUGGCAUUUAUUCAUGUCACUGUAUAUAAUCAUACAAUUAUUCUUACUUUUAUGAGAAGUAGUUAUCAGAUGUUUUUGGUGUCAAUGAUAAGAAUAAAAGAUAAACUGUAGAAAGAA